AUGAAAAAUUUUGAUCGUAAAGCAUCUAAACAUGCAAUAAGUAAAACACAUUUAACUUCCCAAGAACAAUUUAUGUUGCUUGGGGCAAAUCGAAUUGAACAUGCAUUUUCGGAAGGACGUCGUUUGGCUGCUAUUAAACAUAAUGAAAAUGUCGGUGUUAAUCGUCGCAUAUUUACACGUUCAAAUUUUAUUUCUAUUCAAGUAGACGAAACAACAGAUGUAUCUUGUAAAUCUCAAAUGAGCAUUAUAUUUAGAUAUGUAGUUGAUAACAAAAUUGAAGAAAGGUUUAUAGGAUUUUACGAUGUAUCAAAAGAUAAAUCUGCUUUUGGGCUAUCUGAAAUUUUAUUGACAGAAAUAAAAAAUUGGAAUAUAGGCGAUAAACUAGUGUGUCAAACAUAUGACGGAGCAGCUGUUAUGGCAGGGCAAAAGAAUGGAGUUCAAGCCAUUAUUAAACAGUCGUAUCCAAAAGCAAUGUUCAUACAUUGUUAUGCCCACCAACUUAAUCUAGUGUUUCUACACAGAUCAAAAUUUAUAAAAUCUGUUAAAAUAUUUAUAAGUGAUUUGACUAUGUUUCAUACAUUCUUUAGUAGAUCGCCAAAAUGGAGUCAACUUUUAAGGGAAAAGGGGUUUAAACUUCCUCAAAGCUGUGAAACGAGAUGGAAUUAUCACUCCAGAGGUGCUGCAACUAUUACUACCCAUUUUAUAGAAUUAAAAAAAAGCGAUAACUUGUAUUACAGACGAAGACGACUGGGAUCCAACAACUGUUAG